GCGCGGCGCAUAGGCCUCGUUUGCUGCUGCUGGUUUCCUCGCGCCGCGACGCAAACCGUACGAAUCGUCCCGAGAAUGAAAAGGGCUCGGGGAAGCGAGGAUACCGAGUGCAAAGUUCAUUGGAUCAAGCCCUUGUGCUCUCUCUCUCUCUCUCUCUCUCUUCGACGACUCCUAUAUAACUGUGUGUGACUACUCGCGUUUUAUUGAUGCGUGCAUAUCUCGCGCAACGGCUGAAACAUAUACGUAUAUAGAGAGGAAUAAAAGGAAGGAAAGGGGACAGAAAGAUGGAGUUUUGAAAUGAGAUAAACGAGGACGGUGGAACGGUGACGAUGGCUUGGUUGGUGUGGGCGCGUGUCUGGCAGCUGCCGCUUACAGGUGGUGUGCUCGGGCUUGGGAACCAACCUCUACGUUGCGUUCCCACGGAAGGCCCGUUCCCCACUCUCCCCCCCGCUGCCCGGCCCCGCCGCAGCCAGACUCUACCCCGUCACCCGAGGGGCCCCGUUGCCCUCUCCAAGCCCCCUCGACUUCUUCCUUCCUCGUCAUCUCGUCGUCCCCACCGCUCCGAGGACCUCCUCGCUAUAUAAGCCCCGUCGGGAGCGCUAUAGCACCAAUUUCACAUUGAAACUCGCACCGUACGGAUCUCGCUCCGAACAGGACGCACAGUCGCACACGAGAAUUCAUCCGGUGCGCAUUUACCGUUGCUAUUUAGACACGAGUUCUUUGGGCAACGUGCUUCUUCGAGUCCCAACGUGCCUGCGCAGUGAAACUCCGCUUUUGUUUGUUUAACGCGAUCGACGGGCAAACGCGAUUUUUUCAUUUCGUGCUUCUCAGUGACCUCGUGAUUUCACCGAUCAGUGAACCUCGCGCCAUAUCGAGGAUUUACUUCCAACGGAAAGGACACCUCGAAUCACCAUGCAAAUGCACGAGCAAAUGAUCAUCGUCGAUGGACAAGAACAACCCAUCUCCAGAACCUACCAAUACAGAAAGGUUAUGAAACCGAUGUUGGAGCGCAAACGUCGUGCCCGCAUAAACCGUUGUUUGGACGAGCUGAAAGAUCUGAUGGUGACAGCGCUCGCGGGUGACGGCGAGAACGUGGCCAAGUUGGAGAAGGCGGACAUACUGGAGCUGACGGUGCGUCACUUGCACAAGUUACAACGCCAGCAGAGACUAUCGGCAAAUCCGGUGAUCGAUGCGGACCGUUUCCGGGCGGGUUACACGCACUGCGCGAACGAAGUUUCGCGUUGUUUGGCCGCGACGCCGGGAGUCGACGUUGCGCUGGGCACGAAGCUGAUGACGCAUCUUGGGCACAAACUUAACGCGAUGGACAAAACUGGACCGUUGACGAUCCACGUGUCGGCCCCGCAGGCCUCGCCAUCGAGCAGCGAGAGUUCGUCGAGCGAGGAUUACUCGAUGCCGUUGACACCGGCCUCGAGUCAGCCGUCGCCGAUCGUGCGAUCGGAGAUCGAGACACCGACUCAUCAGGGGCUCUUGCAAGUCGCCAAAUCCCAGGAAUCGGUUUGGAGACCGUGGUAGAAAGUGUGACGAUUCGUCGUGGCGCUUCGAGCCCGAAUAAACCGGCGGAUGCUCGCGAUCGAAACCGCGAUUAAUUGGUAAAGCAGAAGAAAACCGCCGCUUCGAUGCUCUCGAGAGGAUCGCCGAGAAUCAAAAACUACCGCGAUCCUCACGACGACGUACGAAAUAAUAAUUCUCGAUGCGAUCGAAGCGAGCAGCAAGAAGAAACCGAACGACCGAUCGAGGCUCAAGAUUUUUCAACUUACGCGAGACUCGGUAUCGCUGGAACGAGAGGAAAACUCCGAGGAUGACGAAGACCGACGAACGCCCCUGUGCGCGUCACCGGACACCUUCGCCAUUCACUAUCGAGCAGAAAGAUAAAACAAAGAAGAGAGACGGAGAGAUACUCCGCGAUAUAAAAUUAGCUGUUAAGGUACUCUUGCUCAAGUCGCUCGUCACGACGAUACAAGAGGGAGAAGGAGGGGCAAGGGAUUUCGCGAGUUCUUAAUAUAGACGAAAGUUCCGAAUCACUCAAACACGAUUUCGACGCUCAAGAACUCGCGUCUCAACGCUCUCGGAUCUCGAUUAUGAUGAAUCAAAGUGUGAACGAGAUGAGAGGGUUCGUCGGAGCCCUCGAACAAGCUUUAAUACAAAUGUAUAUACAAAUCUAUUGAAUCAGUGGCCUCCGUCGAGAGCGAAUUAUUUUUUCCUCUACUUUUCAAAUCUCGCGAGAAAAAAAUAAUCCGAAAUCGUUUACUUGUAUUUUUAUACAAAAAAGUAAAUAUUCGAGCUCGAAGAUGGAAGAUGUUGGAAAAAAAAUCACGAGGCAAUUGGCGCGUGCAAUGGUAUGAAGAGGAAAAGCCUUUUUCUUGUUACGUUAACUCCCGAAGAACCGUUUAACGAAAUUCCCCUGCGUGGGAACAAAAAAAAACGAUUCAAGGUCGUGACCGAUUGAAAUCCUUAACAAAACGUUAGCUCAAUCGAUAUGCAGAAUUUGAAACAUUGUUAAACACACACACACACACAUACACACACACACACACACACAAAGGGGCGACCAAUUACAAUUUUAUGAAAUGUUUUAUGGGGAGGAUCUUGUGAUAGAGAAACUUGUACCUGUGAUAUUUACUGGAAGCAAAUGAUGAUAGAACUUUUUUUAAAUAAUUAUGAAAAUAAUAAAAAAAAAUGUUUUCUCAACGAAA